ACUAAUAUUGUACGUGAUAUAUAUAUAUAUAUAGAAAUAUAUAUUGAAGAAAAGAAAAUGAGAGAUAUAAGGAAAGUAGUGCAUGGAUUGAAGCCAGCCAUGAUGAUGUUGAUGGUUCAAAUUGCAUUUGCUUCAGUAAAUGUCCUCUACAAAUUUGCUAUAAACGAUGGAAUGAGUGUUAGGGUUCUUACAGCUUACCGUCUCAUUUUCGCAGCAGCUACCACUAUUCCACUUGCUCUUAUUUUUGAAAGGAAGAAUAGACCACAGUUGACUUGGAGGGUAGUUUUUAUGUCAUUCUUUUGUGGUCUAUUUGGGGGAAGUUUAUUCCAAAACCUUUAUUUUGAGUCAUUGGCGUUGAUAUCGGCAACAUUUGCUUCAGCGGUUUAUAAUCUCAUUCCUGCCGUCACUUUUAUCUUAGCCGUUUCUUUUGGUUAUGAAAGAUUGAAUUUCCAAACGGCAGCAGGCAAAGCUAAGGUGUUGGGAACAAUAACAGGAAUUGGAGGGGCAAUGUUGUUAACAUUUCUCAAAGGUGUUGAAAUUAAUAUAUGGACCUUCCACAUUAACCUCUUGCAUAAGGGAAAAAAUGGAACACUAGAUGAUAACUCCGGUAGCAAAUUGCUGGGUAUUUUUUUUGGUCUUGGAAGUUGCUUCUGCUUUGCCUUAUGGCUCAUCAUUCAGGCUAAGAUGAGCAAAGAGUACCAAGGACAUUAUUCAAGUACAGCAUUGAUGUCUUUAAUGGGGGCAAUUCAAGCAACUCUUUUUGCCCUUUGUGUUGAGAAGGAUUUGAGCCAAUGGAGGUUGGGUUUGAGUAUCAGGCUUCUAACUUCAGCAUAUUCCGGAAUUGUUGCCUCUGGAAUAAUGGUUAUCGUCAUUGCAUGGUGUGUAGGGAUAAGAGGUCCACUAUACGCCUCUGCCUUCAAUCCUCUGAUGCUUGUACUUGUGGCCAUUGCUGGUUCUUUGAUGUUGGAUGAGAACCUAUACUUAGGAAGUGUAAUUGGAGCAAUUCUAAUAAUGAUUGGACUGUACAUGGUGUUAUGGGGCAAGAGCAAAGAAACGAAAAAAGAGACUCAUUUAGAAAUCACUUCAGAACUCCAAGAAAUUCAGGUUGUUGUCACGUCCACCAUAGUAGAUCAUGAUUGUAGCAACAACAACAACACCAAUUGUAAGAGCAUCAUUGUUGACAUGGAUAAUAAACAUGAAUAUGAUAACUCAUCAAAAGGUGAACAAGAAGGACAAGGAACUUAAAGAAGGGGAAGAUAAGAAUUGGUUUCAAACCCUCAAGUGAAGCUUGAAUGAUGGCCUAAAAUGUGUAAAUAAGAAUAUUCUAAAUUGACCUAUUCCUGUAUUAAUAUGUUUUAGUUAAUUUUACAAUCUAAUUUUGUUCUUUGAA